UUCAGCAUUCAACCGUUUUAUCCCAUCGGAACUGACACAAACACACCUUGUUGCCGGAUAACCCCUGUUGCUGUUCUUCCCCAAAUUAGGAACAAAAAUGAAGAUGAGUGUUUCCACCUUCACUCAUCUAUCUUACUCUUCUCCUUCUAUUUCCUCUAUCUUCCCUUCCAAACUCGCCACUUCAUCACCAUGCUCUCUCAAAAAGAUCAAAGCAUUGGCAAUUCAUCAAACACCUUCCACUCCACAUGGAAACAGCCUUGAUGCAGUCAAGAAUAGGAUUCUGCUCCAGAUGUUUCAAAGGGCAAUGCCAAUGGAACCCCUUGUAACCAUUUUCCGAGAAUAUUCAGAGAUGAAUGACUUUACAUUGGAAAAUCUUCAAGAUAGGAAAAAGUCAUCCAAAUGGGUUGCAGCAUUCUUGUUUGGACAAACUAUAUCAGUUAUUUCUCCUGAUGUUUCAUAUGCAAGCAAUUCAGUAAAGAUAAAUGAGAUGUAUCAGGUUGGGGAGUUGUUUGACUUAGGAAUCCAGUUAAUAUAUUUGCUAUUGUUGUUGGGUUUGCUCGGUGCUGGAACUUUCUAUGUGAUUCGCCAAGUUCUUGUUCGCAGAGAACUCGACCUUUCAGCCAAAGAGUUGCAGGAGCAAGUCAGAAGCGGCGAUGCAAAUGCGACUGCGCUGUUUGAACUUGGUGCAGUGAUGCUGCGGAGGAAAUUUUACCCAGCCGCUACGAAGUUCUUGCUUCAAGCAAUUGAUAAAUGGGAUGGGGAAAAGCAAGAUCUUGCCCAGGUUUACAACGCGCUUGGUGUCAGUUAUGUUCGUGACAAGAAGCUUGAGAAAGGAAUUGCUCAGUUUGAGACAGCUGUGAAGAUUCAACCAGGCUAUGUCACAGCGUGGAACAAUCUUGGUGAUGCUUAUGAAAGUAAAAAAGAAUAUGUGUCGGCUCUGAAGGCAUUUGAAGAAGUUAUUCUAUUUGAUCCUAACAACAAAAUUGCGCGGCCUAGGAGAGAUGCUUUGAAGGAACUUCUUGGAAUGACCGAAGGAGUUACUGUCGAGAACAAAUGAUUGACAUUCUUCUAUCAACUUGCACUAUAAAUAUGGUUUACUUAAAACUACAUAGUUUUCAAUCAAUAUCUUGAUUAUGUUUGAAGGAAUUUUUGCUAUAGUGAUGUAUUUGAGGUAGAAUUUUUCUUCUUAUUUUGGUAGAAUUAUGAUAACAUGGUAUAAACUCAUCAACUCGUGUCAAUACUUACUGCUAAUGGCAUAGUUGAGAAAAGUUAUUGCUGGGAAUGAUUGAAAGAUGGGUCAGUGCUCAUUUCUAAAUCGGCUACAAAAGUCGUUGGUCUAGUGCAUCAUGGAGUUUAUUCAUGUGUCAGAAUUCCUCGUGUUCUUUCUCUUAUAAUUGGUCUUAUAAUUGGUCGUGUUCGUGUGUUGUAAAAAGAUAUUUUCAUAAACUUAUCAUCUGUAUCUUCAUUGCUCAACUCAUGUUAUUAGAAAUCAUUGAUUUGAUGUUCA